UCAUGCUGUGACGCUUAUCUAUAAAGAAAUAUUUUCCAGCACUGCCACAGAAGGAUUCACUGUAGUACUACUUUGCAGCUAAUUGCCAAGGCUAGACCAAGUUUCAUGCUUGUGUGUGUCGCGAUAGCCGUUCUCUCAAAAAAUCCUCAGGGCUUUUGAAAGUGUUCCAAUCAAACACUUGUAGAAGUGGCCACCUUCUUCUAUGCUGCGCCUCACCCUUCCCUUCCACAAGGCCCAGGAUGCAGACUGCAGCUUUGGUGAGUGUAAUGACUGCCCUGACUUUGGCACUGGCUGCUCUGCCCAAGGAAGAUGGGAGCAUGAAGAAGGAGAAGCUCAAAACUGACUCUGCUGUUUAUGAGAGCCUGGAUCUAGACAACUAUGACCUCAACCUGGACAACUAUGGAGAAGUCAUUGAUCUCAGUAAUUACGAGGAGAUCUAUGAUUAUGGAGGCUUGGCAUCAAAGAUUGAAGUUGGCACUUUGGCUCCUCCCACCAAGAGCUUGGCAGAACCCCAAAGCACGACAUCUCUGCCAACUGAAACGCCGCAAAAGAACCCACCAACUCCCACAGCAGCUAGACCGAAGGGGCCUGGUCUGUUUGGGUCCAUAACGGAUCAAGGUCUACCCACCUGCUUGGUCUGUGUUUGCAUCAGUACUUCUGUCUACUGUGAUGACACUGAUCUAGAACACAUCCUCCCUCUGCCCUUGGAGACCACAUACUUCUAUGCCCGUUUCAACCGCAUCAGCCGGAUUGAAGCCAAUGACUUCAUCGGACUCACAAAGCUGCAGCGAAUUGACCUGACAAGCAAUUCUAUUUCCUGGGUGGAUGAAGACUCUUUCCGGCUGCUGCCAUCCUUGCAAGAGCUCAUCCUCCCUGAAAACAAGCUGACUUCCCUGCCUGAACUGCCCGGUGGAAUUGUGCAGCUGGAUGCACGGCUCAACAUGAUCCAGAGUGCAGGCAUUCGACCUGAGGCCUUCGAGGAUCUGAAGAAACUGCAGUUCCUUCAUCUGUCUGAUAACAAACUAGAUUAUAUCCCAGUGCCGUUGCCUGAGGGAUUGCGGUCUUUGCAUCUACAAAACAACAACAUCCAAACCCUGCACAGAGACACGUUCUGUGACAGCAGAGACCACAGCCACAUCCGCAGGGCCCUGGAGGACAUACGCUUGGACGGCAACCCCAUCAACCUGAGCCUCUUUCCCGAUGCUUAUUUCUGCCUGCCCCGCCUGCCCACAGGCCGCUUCUACUGACCUCAGCCACCCUGUGCCUACAGCCACCUCAGCCAGCUUCAAGGGCGGCUUGUAAUCAAAACCAGGGAGCUCUCCGGGCAAAGCGUCCCUGGUCUUAAUUUCCUUGCCAAGCAGAUGCCAAUGCUGUCAGACUGCUCUCUUGGUCUGUCUCCUCUUCCUCUUUUUUCUCAGCUUAGCAUAAAUUAAUGGGAAGAAUCUAGGACUCAGCAGCAAAAACAAAAUUGGUCAUUGAUCUACAUCUGCUAGAAAGAGGAAUCACUCAAUCAAAGGAUAGUGCUAACUGAAAAAAUCAGAUUAAAACAUUGUGCAUCUUGUUUUAGUCCUAAUGGGUGACUGGCAGGAUAGGUGCUUCAGUAGGUUCAUGGUGCUUCCAGAUGCAGGGGAUCUAGUUUGUGAUGGCCACACCUGGUUCACCGACUCUUUACCGGGGUGGGUUUUACAUGGCAUCAUUGUCUACCUGGAUGGCCUUCUCCAUGCUUAAAUUGUCACAUUUA